AUCUUCUUGGUCAAAACAUGCUUAAAGCUCUGAAGGAGGUGUCGGGGAAUCUCCUGCAAACAAACUCACAUUCAAAAGCCCAGAACCGCCGUAUUACAUCACUGGGCCGCGCGUGUAUAUAGGAGAGGCGCGCGCGUCAGAGAGGCAUUCCCGGAGUUUUCGGCUCGCGCUGACGCGUCGCGUUGCGGGACUUUUCACGCGUGAUGCUGCGCACGACUCCGACUCAUUCGACCGCCGGCAUCGCGAGUGAGAUGGAUGGAUAGCUCCGCAUCCGCGUCGGAUAAAGUUGAGUUUCUGCGAUUUUCGCCCGCGUUUUUUUCCCGCGAUGGAUCUCCCGAGGUGUUUGGUGACCGCGUACCUGCUCCUGGUGUCCCUCGCUCAGUGCCAGCACUAUUACCUCCUCAGACCCAUCCCGAGUGACACCUUACCCCUGCUGGAGCUCAAGGAGGACCCCGACCCCGUCUACGACCCGCGGGAGAGGGACCUAAACGAGACCGAGCUGCGGAGCGCGCUCGGAGACUUUGACAGCCGCUUUCUGUCCAUCGCUCCUCCUCAGGACCGCUACACCGGCAACGAGGAGCUGGAGGAGCUGGAUCUCCAGCAGCAGAACCCUACCGGGACCAUGCCCAAAGACAUCAAGAACCUGGACUUUGACGCGCAGUGGGGCAAGAAGCGCAAAGCCAGCAAGAAGCUGAAGCGCAGGCUGCAGAUGUGGCUCUGGUCCUACUCGUUUUGCCCGGUGCUGUACGCGUGGAACGACCUCGGCGCUCGCUUCUGGCCGCGCUUCGUGCGCGCGGGGAGCUGCUACAGCAAGCGCUCCUGCUCGGUGCCGGAGGGGAUGGUGUGCAAGCCGGCCAAAUCCACGCACAUCACGCUGCUGCGGUGGCGCUGCGUGCAGAGACGAGGCGCGCUGAAGUGCGCGUGGAUACCCGUGCAGUAUCCCAUCAUAACCGAGUGCAAGUGCUCGUGCGCGAACUGACCAAUCACGAACGGCCCCUGGGAAAAAAAAAAAAAAAAGCGCACAAACUGUAUGAAAACUGUCGCGGGCUGAUUGCUGGACUUAAAUUAUGAGAAGCUGUAUUGCUGUACAAAGUUUGAUCCGAUGCGUAUUUUGGGAUUUCAGUUUUUAGGGACUCUGCUUUGAUGCAUGUUUCUGGAAAAACAAUCUCAUGCAAAAAGUUCUGGAUUUAAGUUAUGAAAAAUGUUUUAUUUUGUAUUUUCGUAACACUUUACGUUACAUUUAAG